CCGCGGCGCUGAGGGUCUCCGAUUGGCUGCCGUUGGCGCGAAGGCGUCGCGCGCGGCUGCGGUUCUGAGGCGACGGGCGAACGGGGGGGGGCACGGGAACCGGCGGCGGCCUCGCCAAACGGUAGAGGCGUGCCCAGCCAGCCAGCCGUCGGAAACCGGGAGCCGCGACGCUGCACGCGCAGCCCCGAUAAGUCGCCAUCAUGGCGGAUAAGGAAGCUGCCUUUGAUGAUGCAGUGGAGGAACGAGUGAUCAAUGAAGAAUAUAAAAUAUGGAAAAAGAAUACUCCCUUUCUUUAUGACCUUGUAAUGACACAUGCUUUAGAAUGGCCCAGCUUGACUGCUCAGUGGCUUCCUGAUGUAACCAGACCCGAAGGCAAAGAUUUCAGUAUUCAUCGGCUAGUUCUUGGGACCCAUACAUCUGAUGAGCAAAAUCACCUUGUAAUAGCCAGUGUUCAGCUCCCCAAUGAUGAUGCCCAGUUUGAUGCCUCACAUUAUGAUAGUGAAAAGGGAGAAUUUGGUGGCUUUGGAUCUGUUAGUGGAAAAAUUGAAAUUGAAAUAAAGAUCAACCAUGAAGGAGAAGUGAAUAGAGCUCGUUACAUGCCUCAGAAUCCUUGCAUUAUUGCCACAAAAACUCCGUCGAGUGAUGUUCUUGUAUUUGAUUAUACCAAACAUCCGUCUAAACCAGAUCCUUCUGGGGAGUGCAAUCCAGACCUACGUCUUCGGGGGCAUCAAAAAGAAGGUUAUGGUCUGUCUUGGAAUCCAAAUCUUAGUGGACAUUUGCUUAGUGCAUCUGAUGAUCAUACUAUUUGCUUGUGGGACAUCAGUGCUGUUCCAAAGGAAGGGAAAGUGGUGGAUGCUAAAACUAUCUUCACUGGUCAUACAGCUGUGGUGGAAGAUGUUUCCUGGCAUUUGCUCCAUGAAUCUCUUUUUGGAUCUGUUGCUGAUGAUCAGAAACUCAUGAUCUGGGACACCCGUUCAAACAACACUUCCAAACCAAGCCAUUCAGUGGAUGCUCACACUGCUGAAGUGAACUGCCUGUCUUUCAAUCCUUACAGUGAGUUCAUCCUGGCUACAGGAUCAGCCGAUAAGACGGUUGCAUUGUGGGAUCUGAGAAACUUGAAACUAAAGCUGCAUUCCUUUGAGUCACAUAAAGAUGAAAUAUUUCAGGUUCAGUGGUCACCACAUAAUGAAACUAUUUUGGCCUCCAGUGGUACUGAUCGCCGAUUGAAUGUCUGGGAUUUGAGUAAAAUUGGAGAAGAACAAUCUCCUGAGGAUGCAGAAGAUGGUCCACCUGAAUUGCUGUUCAUUCAUGGGGGUCACACUGCAAAGAUAUCUGACUUCUCCUGGAAUCCCAAUGAACCCUGGGUAAUUUGUUCUGUAUCAGAAGACAAUAUAAUGCAAGUGUGGCAGAUGGCUGAGAACAUAUAUAAUGAUGAAGAUCCUGAAGGAAGUGUGGAUCCAGAAGGACAAGGAUCCUAGACAUGGCCCCUUUUCUUAUUUCUCUUACUGUCCUCUUCCUGCCUUUUCUAACUAUCCUACUAUUGACAAUAUUUGAAAGAAGUAAAUCACACUGCAUUCAGCAACUCAUUUAUGAAUGCUGUUUAUCUGAGAAUGUAAAAGGUUGCUGUAGAAUGUUGACAGAUUGGCCUUUUUUGACCAUUUCUCUUCUAAAGAAUUUGUGAGUUAUGCUAGUGUGAAUAUCUUGCCACAACUAUGAUUACUUUGUGAUUUUUUAAAAAACAACAAUACAAGGUAUGCUCAAACUGUUGCAGUACAAGUUGCAGAGGGGAUUCUCUUAUAAAUAUUUUUGGUGCCCUCCAAUAAAAGUGUUGGAAUUACUUUUGUUCUCUAAUCAAGUUCUUGGCGUAGAUAAAUCCAAUGCAGGUUCAUCAUUUCUCAUUCUUGUCUCUAGCUGCUGUCAGUGAGACUUUGUUCCUAGGUUUCUCUGUAGCAUCUUGUUCCCUCUAUCAUUUUCCAAUAAGACAUCUUAGGAUGUUAGGAUAUGAAUAUAAUAUGGUGAUAGCCUAUAUAUCUGCACAUUGCUUGGCUGUCUCUGUAUCUUUCUUGAAAUGUGUUUCAUCUUUUAUUUCUUGUUCAUUGUUUUUGUGUUUUAACUUGGAAGACCAAGUUGUAAAAGGUGUUUCAGCUGAGUGAUAGAUCGCAGACCUCAUGCCCAGCUUCCUAGAAUUGAACACUGGUAGCAGGUAUACCUAAUACAGAAUGAUGAAAUUACUUCAGUUUGCCUCCAAAUAUUUGCUGUGUAGAUUUAACUGUUUCACCAGCAGCCAGUGUAACUUCAUGAACCCUGUAAAAAAACCUUCAAGUGAAAUAAAUUCAUUUUUUUAUGUAGAA